GGAGACCAAGAAGGCGGGGGCUGCACUUGACAACCAGCAUGCCGAGAUGUCAGAAGAGGCAGAAGUGGAUGUGAGAGAAAGAGAGACACAGAGAGACAGAGAGCCAAAGAGGGCAAGAGACUUGACUUUAAGAGACUGCUGUACUGACAACUCCAUGCAGUUCGGAACCAGAACGACUCCGGCUGAACCAGGGUUCAUGGGGACAUGGCAAAACGCUGAUACUAACCUCUUAUUCAGAAUGUCCCAACAGGUUCCAGUGGCAUGUGCUGGCAGAGUGCUGGGUGCAGACUUCUGCCCAAACCUGGAGGAGCCAGACCAGAGGCUGGAAGUCCAGGCCAUCCGCUGCACACUGGUGAACUGCACGUGUGAAUGUUUCCAGCCAGGGAAGAUUAACCUGAGGACUUGCGAUCAGUGUAAACAUGGCUGGGUGGCACAUGCCUUGGAUAAGCUCAGCACGCAGCACCUCUACCACCCCACCCAAGUGGAGAUCGUGCAGUCCAACGUGGUGUUUGACAUCAGCAGUCUGAUGCUCUACGGGACGCAGGCGGUGCCUGUGAGGCUCAAGAUCCUGCUGGACCGUCUCUUCAGCGUCCUGAAGCAGGAGGAGGUGCUGCACAUCCUGCACGGCCUGGGCUGGACCCUGCGUGACUACGUCCGGGGGUACAUCCUGCAGGAUGCUGCCGGCAAGGUGCUGGACCGCUGGGCCAUCAUGUCUCGAGAAGAGGAAAUCAUCACCCUUCAGCAGUUUCUGCGGUUCGGAGAAACCAAAUCCAUUGUGGAGCUGAUGGCCAUUCAGGAGAAAGAGGGGCAGGCCGUAGCUGUACCGUCUUCAAAGACAGACUCAGACAUCAGAACUUUCAUUGAGAGUAAUAAUCGCACCAGGAGUCCCAGCCUCCUUGCCCAUCUAGAGAACAGCAACCCUUCCAGCAUUCAUCACUUUGAAAACAUCCCCAACAGCCUCGCCUUCCUGCUGCCAUUCCAGUACAUAAACCCGGUCUCAGCCCCGCUGCUAGGAUUGCCUCCGAAUGGGUUGCUGUUAGAGCAACCAGGACUGAGGCUGCGGGAACCCAGCCUUUCAACCCAGAAUGAAUAUAACGAGAGCAGUGAAUCUGAAGUGUCUCCCACACCCUACAAGAACGACCAGACGCCCAAUAGAAACGCCCUGACCAGCAUUACUAAUGUGGAGCCCAAAACUGAGCCAGCCUGCGUGUCCCCCAUUCAGAAUUCCGCCCCGGUCAGUGAUCUGUCCAAAACCGAACACCCAAAAAGCUCAUUCCGGAUCCACCGGAUGAGAAGGAUGGGGUCAGCGUCUAGGAAAGGAAGAGUGUUCUGUAACGCGUGUGGGAAGACGUUCUAUGACAAAGGUACUCUCAAAAUCCAUUAUAACGCUGUUCACCUGAAGAUCAAACAUCGGUGCACCAUCGAAGGUUGCAACAUGGUCUUUAGCUCCCUCCGAAGCCGUAACCGUCACAGUGCGAACCCUAACCCUCGCCUUCACAUGCCUAUGCUAAGGAAUAACCGAGACAAAGAUUUAAUUCGGGCCACAUCAGGGGCUGCCACCCCCGUCAUAGCAAGUACAAAAUCAAAUCUCACACUCACAAGCCCUGGCCGGCCCCCAAUGGGUUUUACCACUCCCCCACUAGACCCCGUCUUACAGAAUCCUCUCCCUAGCCAGCUGGUGUUUUCUGGGCUAAAGACUGUCCAACCAGUUCCUCCGUUUUAUAGAAGUUUACUCACUCCGGGGGAAAUGGUGAGUCCUCCAACCUCCCUCCCGACCAGUCCCAUCAUUCCAACCAGUGGUACCGUAGAGCAGCUCCCCCCAUUACCCUCUGAGCCAGCAGCGCCAGUAGUGAUGAUGGCCACUCAUGAGCCCAGUGCCGACCUGGCGCCCAAGAAGAAGCCCAGGAAGUCCAGCAUGCCUGUGAAGAUCGAGAAGGAAAUUAUUGAUACUGCCGAUGAGUUUGACGAUGAAGACGACGACCCCAAUGAUGGCGGAGCUGUGGUCAACGACGGGAGCCAUGACAAUCACUGCCACUCGCAGGAGGAAAUGAGUCCAGGCAUGUCUGUGAAGGACUUUUCUAAGCAUAGCAGGACCCGGUGCAUUUCAAGGACUGAAAUACGAAGGGCCGACAGCAUGACUUCCGAGGACCAAGAACCUGAGCGGGACUACGAGAACGAGUCUGAGUCUUCGGAGCCCAAACUGGGUGAGGAAUCCAUGGAAGGGGAUGAGCACAUGCACGGCGAGGUGAGCGAGAAAGUCCUGGUGAACAGUGAGAGGCCGGACGAGAACCACAGUGAGCCCUCUCACCAGGACGUCAUCAAGGUGAAGGAAGAGUUUACAGAUCCCACUUACGACAUGUUUUACAUGAGCCAGUACGGACUGUACAACGGCGGGGGUGCCAGCAUGGCAGCCCUGCACGAGAGUUUUACAUCAUCUCUGAAUUACGGCAGCCCUCAAAAGUUCUCCCCGGAAGGUGAUCUGUGUUCUAGCCCAGACCCCAAAAUCUGUUAUGUGUGCAAGAAGAGUUUCAAGAGCUCCUACAGCGUGAAGCUCCACUACAGGAACGUUCACUUGAAAGAGAUGCACGUCUGCACGGUGGCUGGCUGCAAUGCCGCCUUCCCCUCUCGCCGGAGCAGAGACAGACACAGUGCCAACAUCAAUCUCCAUCGUAAACUGUUGACCAAAGAACUCGAUGACAUGGGCCUGGACUCAUCGCAGCCCUCCCUUAGCAAGGACCUCCGGGAUGAAUUUUUGAUGAAGAUCUAUGGUGCCCAGCACCCCUUGGGGCUCGACGUCAGGGAAGACGCCUCCUCUCCCGCGGGGACAGAAGACUCCCACCUGAACGGGUACGGGAGGGGCAUGGCGGAGGACUACAUGGUCCUGGACCUGAGCACCACCUCCAGCCUCCAGUCCAGCAGCAGCAUCCAUUCCUCCAGAGAAUCCGACGCAGGCAGCGACGAGGGGAUCCUCCUGGAUGACAUCGACGGGGCGAGUGACAGUGGGGAGUCGGCGCACAAGGCCGAGGUCCCCACCCUCGCUGGCAGCCUCGGGGCUGACGUUUCAGGAUCUCUGAUGUUCAACAGCUUGUCCGGGAGCAAUGGUGGGAUCAUGUGCAACAUUUGCCACAAGAUGUACAGCAACAAGGGGACCCUGCGAGUGCACUACAAAACCGUGCAUUUGCGAGAAAUGCACAAGUGCAAAGUCCCCGGUUGCAAUAUGAUGUUCUCCUCUGUGCGAAGCCGGAAUCGGCACAGUCAGAACCCUAAUCUCCACAAAAACAUUCCCUUCACUUCGGUAGAUUAGUCUCAGAAAGGACACUACAAAUGCCAGCUCUCACCAGAUGGCCUACGUAUUUGAACUGCCAUAGUCAGUGUGUGCUUGUGUACUUGGGAUGGUGUGUGUGUAUAUGUGUGUGCG